CCCAGCAUUUUUUACGACUUCUUUUGCGACAGUUUGCAGCGCCGGUCGCGCCGCCACUGCUGAGUUUCCGGGCGCUGCUGCCCCCGCGGCCGAGCUCGGCUGGGAUGAGCGUGUGGGUUCGGGCGGAGCCAUGGCCAGCACCGUGGUAGCCGUCGGACUGACCAUCGCCGCUGCGGGCUUUGCAGGCCGUUACGUCCUGCAAGCCAUGAAGCAUGUGGAGCCUCAAGUAAAACAAGUUUUCCAAAGUCUUCCAAAAUCUGCCUUCAGUGGUGGCUACUACAGAGGUGGAUUUGAACCCAAAAUGACAAAACGGGAGGCAGCAUUAAUACUAGGUGUGAGCCCUACUGCCAAUAAAGGGAAGAUUAGAGAUGCUCAUCGACGGAUAAUGCUCUUAAACCAUCCGGACAAAGGAGGAUCUCCUUACAUAGCAGCCAAAAUCAAUGAAGCUAAAGAUUUACUAGAAGGUCAAGCUAAAAAAUGAAGUAACGAUGAAUUUCAAGUUCCUGUUAAGACUGUAUGAAUGUCAGUUUUUGUAAUAAAAUGCUUUAGAGCUCAUUUGUGAAAAUGGGCUGGCGUAAGCUAAAUCAGUGUCUUCCAAAGUCAGACGGUAGUAUUUGGAGAUUUGAAUACAAAGUGUUCACUACAUAGCAAACAAAUUGGUGCCUGUGUUGCUCUUAAAGGCAAAGUCCUCUGAAAGCUCACCACAAACUCUUGGAACAGGUAAAUGGGAUUAGCAUCAACUAUUGAAGCAGGAAUUCUUACCUUUGGGAGGUAAACUGCUCAAGGUACAACUGGCCCAACUACUGUAAUUCAAACUAACUACAACUUUGAUCUAAGAAAUUGAAGGAAUGUAUGUCACUGGCAAUUCAGUUUUCAUACAUUAAAACUAUAAAAAAUAA